AUGAUGUCAAGCGCACCUUCAUUGACUGCAUCUUUUCAUCCUUAUCUUGAAAGACAUCGAUCUAUGCCAGAUACCAGAUCUUUUGUAUCUGUUUCCGAACCAAUAGCACUGCAGAAGAUCGGUAAUGUUGGGCGUAAGCCACUUGUAUUAAAUGCAUUAGCUGAAGAUACAAUUCGUUAUGUCUUUCACGAAAUGUUCGAGGAAAAAAUCUAUCCAACAAUUUCUACACUUCUCACCCAUCAUUCACGAGACCAUAAAAACAUGGCUACCACAACCAACAUCUCGAAGAAACGCAAAUUUAUUCGUGAAGGUGUUUUUCAUGCUGAACUUAAUGAAUUUUUUACACGUGAAUUAGCCGAAGAUGGUUAUUCAGGUCUUGAAAUUCGUGUAACACCACAACGCACAGAAAUUAUUAUUAUGGCAACUAAAACUCAACAAGUACUUGGUGAAAAAGGUCGUCGUAUUCGAGAAUUAACAUCAGUUAUUCAAAAACGUUUUGGUUAUCCAGAAAAUUCAAUUGAAUUAUUCGCUCAAAAAGUUGUUACACGUGGUUUAUGUGCAAUAGCUCAAGCCGAAUCAUUACGUUACAAACUUAUGGGUGGUCUUCCAGUACGACGAGCAUGCUAUGGUGUCUUACGCUUUAUAAUGGAAUCAGGUGCUCAAGGCUGUGAAAUUGUUGUUUCGGGUAAAUUACGUGGUCAACGUGCUAAAGCUAUGAAAUUUAUCGAUGGCUUAAUGAUUCAUUCGGGAAACCCUGUUAAUGAUUACGUACAGUUUGCUGUACGACAUGUCUUAUUACGUCAAGGUGUACUUGGUAUUAAGGUUAAAAUUAUGUUACCACAUGAUCCAAAAGAAGGCAAAGGUGUUAAAAAACCAUUACCAGAUCAUAUUCAAAUUGUUCAACCAAAAGAAGAAACACCUAUUGUACAACCAUAUUCUGAACCAAAAGAGAGAAAAAUAGAACCAUUACCUCAACAAAUGGUUCAUCCACAACAAUUACAACAACAACAACAACAACAACAAUUACCACCUCAGCCACAAGCACAAUUACAACCAGGAGCACCAGGCAAUCUUGUUUAUCAAUAA